AUGCGGCAGAUGACACCAAUAUCUUACGAGACAGUUCAUAGGCUUCGCAAAGGUAUUGCGAAUCAACUCGAGGUCUCUUCUUCGGACGAGGUGGACGUUCUUGGCUGGAUGGGCCGCACGGCGCUUGAACUCGUUGAUCUCGGCUUUUUAUUCGACCCGCUUAUCGAAGACGUCCCGAGCGCGUAUGAAGAUGCGCUGAGAGCCCUCAUGCCGACGGUCUCGCGACUGGUUAGCUUUUGUCUGUUCAGCUCUUUUUGGAGCCCGCUCGUUAGCUUACAAGAACGCUACCCGGCGCUCGAGCAAGUUGUCCGGAAGUCCUUCUGGCUCAUUCCCAGUCCGGCGCUGCAAGAGAAGAAGCGGAUAAUCAACACCAUGGACGAAACCACGCGGAUGAUUUUCGCUCAGAAGAAGAAUGCGCUCCGCAACCAUGACAGCGAGCUCAAAUUCAUGAUGGAGGAGGGCAAAGAUCUCAUGAAUGUGCUGCUACGGGCGAACUUGAUGGCCUCGGAGGAAGACAAGAUGCCGGAAGAAGAGCUAAUUGCUCAGAUGUCGUACCGACACCACCUCAAAUGCCCUGGCCAGAAUUCUGCAUCUGCUGUGCUUGCAUUCCGAUGUUCAAGACGACUGAGAGCUGAGAUUUUGGAAGCACGCGCGGCUAACGGAGGUCACAAUAUUGGCUACGACGACCUUGAGGGACUGCCGUACGUGGACGCCGUCUGUCAAGAGACUUUGCGUCUCUACCCGCCCGUGCCCAUUGUCACUCUCCAAGCCAUGCAUGACGUCACUCUGCCGCCUCUGACUGGCAACAACGGCUCGUCCGUCACGUCGAUCCCCAUCCCGAAAGGCACGACGGUCGCUACUGCGAUCUACUCGUGCAACCGCAACAAAGCGAUCUGGGGUGAAACCGCUGACAGUGGAAGCCUGAGCGCUGUUAUGGAGGCGAAAGUGCCCGGUGUCUACUCAAAUUUGUAAGCACAGCUCUCUGGU